AUGACUCGUGCCACAACCUUCACAGAGCUCUACUCGGGCAAAGGAAUUCUUGAGACCUAUAUGAUCGCGGAAAAGAUCACCCGUUAUUUCACAAAGGACUUGAUUCAGAUGUCAGGACUGACCGAAUCAACUUUGCGACCCCUGAAGGUGCUCGACCUCGCUUGCGGAACUGGUGUCGUGUGUGAUGAUCUCCAUGAGGUGUUGGACUCUCAGCUGCACGAUACCUGGGAGCUCACCUGCGGGGACAUCUCGACUGAGCUCACUGCUCAUGUCAAACGCAAAAUCCUUGAAAAGGGUUGGAAGAACACGAGCGCCACAAUUAUGGAUGCGCAAGACACUAAGCUUCCUAGUGGGUACUACACUCAUGUGUUCGUAGCUCUAGCAUUUACUUCGUUCCCUGAUACUCAAGCGGCACUGAAAGAUGUUAUGCGAGUCCUCCACCCGGGAGGAAAACUUACCAUUUCAACCUGGCAGCGAACCGAGUGGCUUGCUGUCCUUGAAGCGGCAGUUGCCACGAUUCCGGGAAAUCUUCCAUUUCCAACGACAAAAGAGUUCAUGUCCUGCAUGAACCCCGGCUGGGACUCCGAGGAUUAUGUACACUCUAGGCUUGUGGAUGCAGGGUUCCAGGAGGUUCAUGUUACCACGGUCUCGAAAGAAUUUCAUACAACCACGGAAGACUUGUUCGGUAUCGCUGAGCCGGUAAUUCCUAUCAUCGUAAGCAAGUGGUGGAGUCAGGAACUGAGGGAAGAAAACGAGAAGAAAAUCUUGCCUUCACUCAAGAAGCAUCUAGAUAUGACCUACGGUACAACUGGCUUGGUGCCCCAGAAAUGGUCUGCCGUUUUUGCAGAUUGUCAAAAGAAGGCUUGA